AUAGUUUUAAUUAAAAGUGAUUCAAACAACCUAUAGUAAAAUGUCUGGAUAAAGAAAAUUUCUUGGUGUUAAAAUGUUGUUUUUAAAAUUCGUUUGCUUGUUCUACGUACUACAAAUCCCACAUAUUUCGGGAGCCGAAGUACGCCUUGUCGGUGGGCGUACACCAUAUAUGGGAAGGUUGGAAGUACGAAACAGUAACAAAGGUCAAUGGGGAACCGUUUGUGACGACCAAUUUGAUAAAAAGGAGGCAGCAGUGGUAUGCCGAAUGCUCGGGUUUCGAAAUACUAAAUACGCAGUAAAUAUAUCUUCAUCAAAAUACGGAAAAGGCAUAGGUCCCAUACAUUUAGAUGAUUUGAAAUGUGCUGGGAAUGAGACUGACAUACUGCAAUGUGAACCUAAUACUUGGGGAGCCAGCAACUGUGACCAUGAGGAAGACGUUGGCGUGAACUGUCAGACUCCUCUCCGGCUUGCUGGCGGAGCUACAGCUCAUUCUGGACGAUUAGAAAUUCAGAACAAUGCUAGUUGGCAAACAUAUUGUUAUGACAAUUUUGAUGAAAAGACUGGGAAUGUAAUCUGCAGGAUGUUAGGAUUUAGUACGGGAAACGUAGAAAUCAAAUCAACCAAUGGACUUGAGAAUGCAGAUGAUCUGUUUGCGAAACAACUGUCCUGUAAUGGCACAGAAAAUGAUCUUACACAGUGCAAGUGGCUGGAACAUUCUUGUACAAACAAAACUAUUGUCGAAAUAAAUUGCCGAACUAACAUUCGCUUGAAAGACGGCCCUCACAAUCAAUCAGGAAGAGUUGAAGUGUAUUUUGAGGACCGAUGGGGAACAUUGUGUGACGAAUUUUUUGAUGACAACGCAGCCAGUGUUAUAUGUAGAAUGCUUGGUUACAAUCCAAAGUUUGCAAAAGGUUACGGCAGGUCACGUUAUGGCGGAGGCGUUGGUGAUAUAAUUGUUGAUAGCCUGCGGUGCUCUGGGAGUGAAACCGAUAUAUCAGAAUGCAAAUCAAAACAGUGGGGCUCUCAUACCUUAUGUAAUCGCAAUGAAACAGCCUCCGUGAAAUGCGCAACGCAAUUAAGACUUGCUGACGGGCCAACUUCAUUUUCUGGACGUCUGGAGAUCAAGUCAUCUGGCGUUUGGAACACGAUAUGUGAUGAGGAUUUUAACUUAAAUGCAGCACGGAUUGUAUGUAAAAUGCUCGGAUUUGAAAGAGGAAAUGUCAGCAUUCAUAAUGGGGCGUAUUAUGGCAAAGGAUUGUACGACAUUGUUGACUAUGGUUUGAAGUGUAACGGCAAUGAGUCUGAUAUAGCAGACUGCAUUCAUACCACAAAAGCAAAUCAUUGCAACCACAGUCGGGAUGUUGGUGUAAAUUGCUAUUCUAAAACUCCCGUAAGGCUAGUUGGUGGGCCUACGCCUUAUUCUGGACGAGUGGAAGUAUAUUCUCAAGAGCAAGCCAUUUGGAAAGGCGUCUGUCUAGACAACUUCACAACGAAUGGCGCUGUGGUACUUUGUACAAUGAUUGGUAAACCAAAUAGAAAUCCGACUGUCCAUAAUGCGACAAAUCUUUACAACUACACCAUACGCGGAGAUGCAGUUACUCAUUUAAUGUGUGCUGGCCAAGAAAGGGAUAUAACUGAUUGUAGAUCUAAACAACAAUGGAAUGAUUCUUCUUGUUCUUACCCCAACUAUGCUGGUAUUAACUGUGAACCGGUUACACCGAUCCGUCUCAUAGACGGCCCUUCGAUAAAAGCAGGAAGAGUUGAAGUCUUAUUCAAUGGAACCUGGGGAAGUGUUUGUUCUAGUGGACUGACAUCAAACGAUACAAGUGUCAUGUGUCGUAUGUUAGGAAACAGUGGUCUGUCAUAUGUCCUCAAAGAUGAUGAAUAUCUACAACAGAAUGCUAACAUCACAAUAAGCGAUUUAAAUUGUAAUGGCGGUGAAAAUGAUAUAUCAGAUUGUAAGGCAACUCAGUGGCAACAAGCUGACUGCAGUAGUAACAGGGCUGUCGGAAUAGCUUGCAAAAGUGCAAUUCGGCUAACAAAUGGCUCAGACGAGCGCUCUGGGCGUGUUGAAAUCCAGAAAAAUGGAACAUGGUGGACUAUUUGCGCAGAUAGUUUCGAUACAAAUGCAGCUAAUGUGACAUGCAGAAUGGCUGGAUUUAGAUUCUGGAAUGCAUCCGUUCUCUCCAAUUCCGUGUUUGGUCUCGGAUCUGGCUAUACUUUGAUUCAUAAUAUUUCAUGCAGAGGUGAUGAAGAGGAUCUAGCAUCAUGCGUUUCUUCUCCUUGGAACAAAACGAAGUGUAGAAGUCAUCAAGUGGCUACAGUUCAUUGUCGAGUUCAAAAAACGCCGCUACAUUUAGUCAAUGGUGACACACCCUAUUCUGGACGUGUAGAAGUCUUUCACAACAACAACUGGGGUACUGUUUGCGAGAAGGGAUUCACAAAAGCCGACGCAGAAGUCGUAUGUCAAACAACCGGGCAUUACGUAUCAACGGAUCUGGCCAUAGUAAUAGACAAAUACGAUUCUGGAUACACACCAUACAAUGUGAUGAUAAGAAAUUUGACAUGUAUCGGCAAUGAAUCUGACAUUUCGCUGUGUUCAUCAAGUGACUGGGACUCUGGAUACGAAAACUGUCCUUACAGUGGUUCCUAUCAAAGUGUUGGCGUUAAUUGCUUAACACCAAUCAGACUCGUUGGCGGUCGCACAAAAUAUAUGGGAAGAGUUGAAGUUACUCACAAUGGCAGAAGUGGCUCAGUCUGUAAUGAAAACUUCACGGACGAAAACGCAAAGAUAAUUUGCUCUAUGCUUGGAUAUAAUUUCACGAAUGUAUAUAUUUGGCAAAACGAAACGUUCAAAACAAAAUCAACAACUCCGCCUGCAUUAGUGGGAGGGCUAAAAUGUAUUGGAAACGAAAAAGAUAUACAGCAAUGUGCCUCCGAAGAAUGGGAUCAAGCAAACUGUUCACAAAUGGAUGCCGUCGCCGUAAAUUGCAAUACCCCAGUUAAACUGAUUAGUGGACCAAAUUGGCGUUCAGGUCUUGUGAAAACCUUUAUCUAUGGGAAUUGGACUGGCAUGUGCUAUACUGGUGACGAGUUAGACAAACUGAAUGCCAAAGUUGUGUGCAGGAUGAUGGGGCUCAGUACAAGUAAUAUCACAGUGUCCAAAAGAAGUGGAGGAAAUCAAAUGCACGCAAAUGUUACGUGUAAUGGAACAGAAGACGAUAUAUCUCAAUGUAAAAAUCAGCACUGCAUUUGUCUAUCCAGAAAACUUCUUGCGAUAACAUGUGAUAGUAGUAUCCAGCUCCUGUAUGGAAGAACAGACUACAUGGGAGUCGUAUCGGUACAGCUCCAUGAUAUAUAUGGAGCUAUUCAAAGUAUUGAAGAUGAUAUGACAGCUGGUGUUAUAUGUAGAUCCUUAGGAUAUAAUUUCACACGAAACAGCAAAGUACAGUCAAGUAAUGACUUUAGAAUAAACCGAUGCAGAACUAACAACAUACUUCGCCUUGUUUGUGAAGGAAAUGAAACUGAUGUAAUGGAUUGUAAGAAUAGUUAUUGGGAUAACGGUGGAUCUUGUCAAUAUCCAACCUCCGGUGUAAAUUGUCAAACACCAAUUCGCUUGGCAAAUGGGUCUAAGUACCAGCAUGGAAGAGUAGAAAUUAAACAGAAUGGUAACUGGUAUCCAGUUUGUAGCACUGAUUUCACAUUGCAAGAUGCUUAUGUGGUAUGCCGUAUGCUUGGUCAUAGACAUUUCAAGGAUGCCAAACUUGUUCAAUCUGGUGCCAAGGAAAGUGGUAAUUAUGUCAAAGGAAAUCUUCAGUGUAAUGGCAGUGAAGUAGAUAUAUCACAGUGUUCAUAUGACGAAAAAGUCUCACCCUGUCCUUCUGGCAAACCGGCAUAUAUCGAUUGCAAAACUUCUGUCAGAUUAGUUGGUGGUCCGACUCUGUACAAAGGUCGCCCGGAGAUAUUCACGGAUGGCAAAUGGGGCCCUAUUUGUGCAAAUAGCAACAGUUACACAUACGCAGUAUUAUGCAAGAUGCUAGGAUUUAAUGACGUAGGGGCAAUUAGUCACAACGGGGAUCGCUACAGCAAUAAAACGUUUGAUUCCUUGGAGUAUCCAGUCACUGGCCUUAUGUGCAACAGCUAUGGAAUAGAAGAUGAUAUAUCAGAAUGUAAAUCAAAUGAAUGGAAUUCUGUGUCGAACUGUUACUACAACAAUCCCCUUGAAAUUGAAUGCAAUACACCCGUCUCUCUCCAAGGAGGGUCGAACCGAAAUAUUGGAUGGGUUCGAGUAAACAACAGAAAUACAAUAAGAGGUAUCUGCGGAGAUAAUUUCACACUUGACAACGCUGAUGUCAUCUGCCGGAAAAUUGGUUCGGAAACAUACGGGAAUGCAACAAUCUAUUACGGGAACAAGUUCGGUUCAAAUUACAAUCCGAUCGUAGGUCUUCAAUGUCUUGGUAAUGAAACUGACUUACAAGAAUGCAAAUCUUUUCCUUGGACAUCAUCAAGCCGAUGCAGUGACUCCAAUGACACAGUCGCUAUUAAUUGUCGUCCACACACGCCGAUUAGGCUCAACGGAACAGUAUCAUCUGGCUUGGUAGAAUUUAGCAACAAUAACCGUUGGGGUACUAUAUGUAACGAAAAUUUUGAUGUUAAAGAUGCGAGUGUUAUAUGCAAAAUGCUUGGCUUCAAAAUAGGAGAAGUCGGGGAGCCGAUUUUAACCAAUAAGUCUGAUGUGUUAAUAAGGAACUUAAAAUGUACCGGGACAGAAAAUGAUAUCUCAGAAUGCGGACCUAGUGGUUCUUGGUAUAACUACAAAACAUCGUGUAGUGGUGCUGACCAAAGAAAAGCAACGGUAAAAUGUUCAAAUAAAAGGGUUCGUUUAGUUGGUGGAGUGAACGAUUAUAUUGGCAGAGUGGAAUUCCAGUUUAUCGGAAUCUGGGGUACAGUAUGCGAUGACCAUUUCGAUGCUAAUGAUACUGAAGUGGUGUGCCGACAGAUCGGCCUGCAGGAGAAAAAUGCAACUAUAUACAACAACUCCCGAUUUGGCAAAAUGAACAGUGCACUGACGGUAGAUGAUUUGCAAUGUAAAGGUGACGAAAAUGAUCUUGAUGAAUGUGGUUCUUACCCUUGGAAAGUUCAUAGCUCUAGAUCAUGCGUUUCUUAUCACAGAGAUGUUGGUGUCAAUUGUAGACCAAAAACUCCAAUAAGACUCGUACCUGGAAAAUACAAGGGUCGUCUUGAAGUUAUGUACAGGGGAAAGUAUGGGACUGUGUGUGACAGAGACUUUGAUCUUCUGGAUGCUCAAGUAGUUUGUAGGACUUUGGGUCACAAUACAAUGAGCGUUGGUUUCAAGAACCAUGCAUUUUAUGGAAAAGGAACGGGAGAUAUCGUUAUAUCAAAUCUACAGUGCAGUGGUACGGAACCUGACAUCUCAAACUGCAACACACCUUACCGGUGGGCAUCUCCACAUGCAUUUUGCAAGCAUGACAAUGAUGUUUCUGUACAAUGUGACACGCCAGUGCGUCUCCGCGGUGGAUGGACAGCUUAUGAUGGACUGGUUGAAGUUUAUAUAAAUGGUUCCUGGAAGGCGGUCUGUCGUCAUGGAUUUUCCCAAAAGGACGCAAAAGCAAUCUGCAGUAUUACAGAGUUAAGAAAAGAUUAUGAUAGCCGAAAGAACAUAUCAAUCCACGAUGGAAGGUUCUAUGGUCUGGAGAGCAACUUUGUUUCUCUGAGUUCUCUAGGAUGUAAUGGAAAAGAAGAUGACUUAUUUGCAUGCGGUUCUGCGGAGUGGACGAAAGCAAUCAAAUCUUGCAAUACACAAGACAACGUUGCUGUCAACUGCCGGCCAGAAACAUAUAUAAGGCUUGUUAACAAAACUGGAAGUAAGAUAAAUCUCGAAGGGCGUGGAAAGCACGCUGUGUCAGGGCGAAUUGAACUGUUCUAUAAACAUAGUUGGGGCACUAUCUGUGAUGACCAGUUUGAUGAAAGUGAUGCUUUAGUUCUUUGUAGAAUGCUUGGGUUUACUGUUGGUAAAGUCUAUCGGACAAAUGGCGCCGACGGCAUGGGACAGGGUAAUGGUAGUAUUUUGAUUGAUGAUCUUAAUUGCAUUGGUACGGAGGAUGACAUUUCUGAGUGUAGAUCAAGGGAAUGGGGAGUCCAUAACUGUGAACAUUCUGAAGACGUUGCAAUUACUUGUGAUUACAUAGAAAACAUUGAUCCAUGCAAACCAAAGGAAAACAUCAGACUACCAAACCUUGAAGUUCGCUAUGCUAAUAUACAUACUGCUGAACUGCAAAGGAGAUAUAAUGAUUCUAAAUUGCCACUUCGGUGGUAUAAUGUUGGAAACAAUACCUUUCCUGAAAAAGCUCAGUUAGACCACUGUGGAACUCACUUUCCAAUAUACAGCAAAGACCAAGUGCCCGACCAAAUAGAUCCAGUCACUAUUAAAGCGACUCAAGUAGGAAAUUCAAGUGUGAAUUACGAAAUACUCGCAAAACACUGCAGCAACGGUGAUUACGUUUACAGACUUGGCCCAACUCACAACGAUCAAAGUGGAUACUGUUUUGGUAUCGGAUCUAAAGAACCCCCGCCAAACUUCGUUGCGAAAAAGGUUUCUGUAAUACUGAAGGCUAAUAAUGAAACUGUUUCCUUUCAAUGCAAAUUUGAACUACCAGAUAAAAACGGGAGCCAUCUCUUUUAUCAAGUCCAGUGGAUUAUAACAGGAAAUUAUGAUGCAAUUCUAACAAAACAGUAUUAUGAUAGAACUAGGCUUGAUGAAUUAGAUCUCACUGACAAAGAUUUUGAAGACAACAAUAUUGGACUUGGUGUGAAUAUAACUUGUGCAGUCAGAGCAUUCAAAAAACCAAAAGGACAGCCAGGUCCGCUUUCAAGUUUUUCUAAGCCAUACUUUGCUGGAUUUAUUAUUCGCAAUCCUGAAAUUAGUCUUAGAAAAGGUGAGACAAAAGCAAUAGAAGUCGUCAACAGAGUGCCAUUAUUUUGCCCUGGAUUCCCAGAUUUUAUAUGUAACGUGCAAUUACAACACAUGAUACCAAAUGAUGACAAAUGUUCCAGUAAAGGAUCUUUCUCAGAAAGAUCCUGUGUGACGAUACUUUCGAAGGAUUCAUAUAACAAUGUCUCAACCGUUAAAAUCACUACUUCUGAGACUGGACAAUACGGCGUGUAUGGACAUUUUAAAGUGAACUUGGUUUACAAUCCGAAUAAUGUCCUUCCCAUCGGCUUGCCAAAAAUCUGGCAAAAAAGAUAUAAAUUGCCGACUGUAAAUGUUGAAGUUUUUCCAGAAGAAGACAGGUCCUGGCGGAAAACGAUAUGUAGUGCUAGAAACGACCCACAUAUGCAAACGUUCGACAACACACGAUAUGAACACCAUGCAAAUGAAGGUGAAUACAUUCUAUACAGACACGUUAAUUUUAAAAAUGUGGAGAUACAGCAUAAAAUUGCCUCCUGUACUGGAUUAACUUCACCUGCAAAGUGCAACUGUGGUGUAGCCGUUCGCGCCGGGGGCGACGUUUAUGUAAUAAACGUUUGUGACAGAUUAUUAGACAUUGGAUACAAAAGAUGCGGAGACAAAGCCUUGACAGUAAAAAAAGACAAUGACUUUACAUAUACAAUAUAUUUACCAUACGGAACAGCAGUAAGAGCCAGGAUAGAUAACCAACCUUGGAUGGGCAUGGAAGGCGGCAAAAUCCUUGAUAUUACUGUGUUGCCAUCCGUUCAUGAUAAUGCAAAUAGUACAGGUCUAUGUGGAUCUUUGAAUAAAAAUGGAACUGAUGAUUUCAAGCACAGAUACCACGGAAGCAUCUUAAGUAAUGAAACAGUAAAUGUUUUUAUAAAUAGCUGGAAAGCUACAUCUGAGGAGAGUUUAUUUUCGUCAUCAAAUGUACAAAAAAUGCAACUAGACAGAUGGGUUUUCCCCUCAUGUAUGUGCCAACAUGAAUCUAUAAAAGCGCAUGCUAUAACAACAUGUGAUAGGAGUGUUGCUGAAUGCACUCCUGGUGCCCAGACGGGAGAACACAGCUGUGGAGGUUUGUCUUCUGCACGUACGCGAAGGUCAGUUUCAAGAAGACCAAAUAUUCCUAUAGUCAGACAGACAUCGCAUUAUUCCAAGGUUCGUCAGCAUCACCUAAAGAAGAGAAACAGUGAAAGUGAAGGAGACGGAAUUGUUUGGACGCAAGCUUCAGCUGAAAAACAUUGUAAUGAUUACUUUGAUUCAUUGAAGGCAUUUGAUCUUUGUUCUAAAUUGCCAGCAACACAUACACAUAUCUCUGUUGCAAACUGUGCUUUAGAUAUACAGCUAACAAACAACACAGAGUGGACAUCAAUAUCACGCCAGUCAAUGCAGGAUACAUGCACCACAGAAAUCCAUAGAAAUGCAAGCGUGAGACAACAAGUAUUUGCGGAAGUUACGAAAGUUACGAACACGUCGUCUCCUACCUUGGCAAAAAACACAAAUGCCACGACUCCAUCCCAAGUUGAGAUUCAAGAAAUAGAACAUAUUGAAAAAUUAGUUCAAGAAAUAAAGGAAAUAACUUGCUUAAACAAUUGCUCUGGAAAUGGACUCUGUGAAAAUGGCAUCUGCAAGUGCGACGAACACUUCGGGGCAUCUGACUGUUCGCUUGAUGUUAAGACGGCACCUCGUCUUGUUGGUUUAAUUGACAAUGGGAUGUGUGAUGAAAAGGAUGGAAAGUGUACACACACUUACGUAUUUGGGGAAGUCUUUUUCGGAUCAAAUGUAACAUGUCGACUGCGGAAGUUCACCUUUGGUGUCGGCGAAUCAGUCCAACUUAGUGAUAAAGAAUUUAACAUUCACGGGAGAGCAGACACCCUUAUUGAGGCAUGGUGUCCGAUAGAACAUAUUCGGGAAAAGCGAUCCGUUUCAAGGGACCAACCGUCUGAAUUUGCAUUUGGCUAUCAAGUUUCAGUUAGUAACGAUGGAAAGAAUUUUCCUGAUGACCCAUUGAAUCUCUACAUAUAUGACUCGACGUGCCAGACAUUCGAAAACAAAACGUCAACUGAAAUCAUGACUUUUAAUCUUAGAGUUGGGCACUGUUUUAUCGAGGGUUCGUGUGUAUAUAACGGAACUUUGAAUGUCCAGAAGACGAUGAUAUGCGAUACUAGAGUUUCAAACUACAGCUGGACUCCAAUACCAACAACGACCCUUGCCCCUGCAACAACUCACACAGCUACAAUAACUAGGACAACUACGAAAUCUGGGGGAGCUGCUGAUACAGAAACGUUCCAUAUAGAAAUACGUAUAGAUAUUACCCUUAGUAGUGCAGAAAGUCUUAAAGAUUCUACCAUUCAUCAACGAUAUUCAAAAGAGACAAAAACCGCUCUUAUGCAAUAUUAUCGACCGAUACUUGGCUUGGGAUUGAAGAAUAUCAUCAUUAAUUCCCUAGAGUCAGGCAGCUUGAAAGUUCAGCAUGCUGUUAUUGUACAGAAAGAUGAUUUUGUUGUGAAAGCUUUGUCAGUUGCAGUAGCAAAUUUUACACGUGGAGCGAAACUUGAGAUGUUUGGAACCGGUUAUUCUGUAAGCGAUGUAAAAAUAGAAGACACAAGAGUUGGAAAAGAGUCGGACAAAUACCAAAGGCUCCUCCUUUGUGAAAGUUAUACCAGUUUACGUCCUUGCGAGAAACAUGAAAGUUGUGUACUGGAGAAAGGUUCCCCUACAUGCAAAAGAACAGGCGAUUCAGUGGUUGACCAAGGGAAAAUGAAUAAGAUAAUAAUAAUCUCGUCGACAGUAGGAGGUGUAUUGAUGAUCAUCGUAUUUGCCCUUGUGGUAACAAUUUGUUGUAAUAGGAAGAAAUACAAGAAACACGUAGAAAACCACAAACGAACCACCGAGCAAAACGAGUAUCACGAUAUGAAUGACACAGAAAUGGUCCAAAUACCUCGAGCGAAACACAAUUACGGUAGAAGCAGAGGGCAUACAGCAGACCAGGACAACCAAGCUUAUCAACGUGACGAUGGAGAUUCUGCUUUCGCAAAUACAACAAUUAAUUCUAGAUUAACGUCAGGAUCAUACCAUGAAUCCAAGGACGGUUAUAUCUAUUACACUGGAAAAAACUGAUUGAACAAGAAGAAUUCACGUUGACCAUGCGGAUAAUAUGAUUCUAAAUGUCUUACAAUUUAUAUUUGUUUCGACUUUACCCACGUACCUCUUGAUUUAUCAUAAUGAACUAUUGAUAGAUUAAUAGCACUCAUACUAUUCUUUUUUGUCUCUAUACUAUAUAUAUUAUAUUAUGGCCUGUUUGAUCUUAAGACUGCUAUGAGCGAAUAUGCAUUUAUAUCAAUAAAGACAAUGAUCAAAUGUGAUAGAAAAAAGCAGCCAGCAGCUCAGUCUUCUCGAAUCAAUACCCUACUCAACAGUGUAUAUUUAGGUGAGACUAAGAUAUCCAGGAACGGCAACACUACAAGCCAAGUAACGCUCUAUAUUAACAUGAUUAAAAAGAUCCUUCAUUUUUUUAUCAAUUUGCAUAAUUAAAUUCUUUACCAUCGAUUUUGUUGCAACUUAUAGCAUAAAAUGCAAAUGAAUUAAAUAACGUAAGUAUUUGGAUGUUAUGUUCAAAUCGCUUCGCUAAUCAGUUUGUUAUCAUAACCUUUAUGAUUGCUAAUAAACCAUGGUUCAAAAGAA